AUGUUGAUUUCUAAUAAAAUAUCACGUUUUAAUAACUUAUUAAGUGUUAAAUAUCAACAUUUUAAAGUUUUCUCGACUCAAGUGUCUUUUGAAGACGCAAAGUCCUUCAACGAAAUUCCCGGACCAAAAAAUGCGUUUCAAUUCAUGCAAUUGCUUUUACCAGGAGGAAAAUAUUAUAAAAUUUCACCAAGUGAAUUGAUAAAACAAUGGAGAAACAGUUAUGGAACGAUUGCCACAUUACCCGGAUUUUUCGGUGUUCCCAGUCUUGUCAUAACUUAUCUCCCUGACGACAUUGAGAAAGUUUUUCGAACUGAAGGAAAAUUUCCAAAUCGGAGACCUCUGGAAUCGAUUCUUUAUUUUAGAAAACAUGAACGUCCUGAUCUUUAUCCAGCUGGUGCGGGAUUAAUUGUCACACAAGGUCAGGAAUGGUAUGACUUCAGAACUAAAGUCCAACAAAUUAUGAUGCAACCGCGUGCAACAAAAGUUUACAUUCCUGGAAUUGAUGGAGUGGCAUGUGAUUUCAUUAAAAAAAUCAGAGAAAUUCGUGACGAAAACAAUGAAACUCCAGCUGACUUUUGGGAAACUUUAACGUUGUGGGCACUUGAAUCAAUCGGAAUUAUUGCACUUGACACACGUUUAGGUGCAAUGGAUAAUCCCGAAGCAACUAAGAUCACUGAGCUAAUCAAAAUAAUCUUUGAAAACAUUAAUAAAUAUGAUUUUGAACCAUCAAUUUGGAGAUAUUACAAAAUGCCAGGAUUUAAGAGAGCGAUGAAAACUUAUGAGGAGACUAGAAAUGAGCUAAGAAAGUACAUCGACCAAGCAAUUGAACGAUUGGAGAAAAAUCCCACGGCUGAUGAUCACGAGAUGGGAAUUCUGGAAAAGUUGAUAAAAAUUGAUCGAAAUAUUGGAGUGACAAUGGCUGAAGACAUGUUAUUUGCAGGUGUUGACACAACGUCUUCAGCUAUUUCUGCUGUCAUGUAUAAUUUGGCGAAGAACCCUGAAAAGCAAGAAAUUCUUCGGAAAGAAGUUUUUUCAAUUCUGCCAGACAAAAAUUCGAAGCUUUCUGCAUCGUCAUUUAAUAACGCGCCUUAUUUACGAGCUGUCAUGAAGGAAUCACAACGAAUGCAUCCAAUCACAAAUGGUAAUGUCAGACAGCUUGACGUUGAUAUUGUCUUGCAAGGUUAUCGUAUCCCUAAAGGGACGGACAUCUUAGUGACUUCCAACAUGUUGGCAUUAAACGAAGAACAUUUUGAACGAGCUGGUGAAUUUAUUCCUGAGCGCUGGCUGAAGAACAACACAGAAAAAGGCUGUCCAAAUGCUAAGGACUCUCAUCCGUUCACUUAUUUGCCAUUUGGUUUUGGCAGUCGAAUGUGCAUUGGCAGAAGAUUUGCUGAGCUGGAAAUUGAAGUGUUGACAACGAGAUUGUUACGAGAAUUUAAAAUCGAAUGGCAUCAACCCGAUCUUAAGUACAAACUUGUCACUAUCAAUAUUCCUGAAACACCUCUGAAGUAUAAAAUGAUCGACAUUUGA